UAUUACUGAGUUACAAUUAUUUGAGGGAAUGUGCUUUUUCUUGACUUCAAUGAUCAAAUAAUGGGGGGAAAGUAAGUUAAUUAAGACCUAGACCUUUCUUUCUCUUUCCUUUUUGUGAAAUUAAUUUGCGAGAAUGUUGCCAAAUAUUCCAGACUGAGAGUGGGACCUUUGAAAACCCCACAUUAAUCAACCACUAAUGCCCCCCUCAACGUCCCUGGUGCCCUGCGCAUGUUUGCACUGUUGGAAAUUCUUGUAUUCGUCAGGGAGCGUGUUUUGGAUUACGAAGCGUUGGCCAUUAGGAGCCGUGUGUGACCCUUGACUCUGGGGUCGGAUUCUUUAGUCCCGCACACUUUGUUGGGGGCACUCUUUCUGUUCACAUAAGGAAUGCAUAUAUUUCCCAUUCCUGCUUGCUUGUUUUAAAGAUGCUGCGCUUUGUAGUCAUCUACCACAGCUGUCCUUCCCGCUCCCACCGUGCCACAUGUUCCUGGUGGUCUUGCCCACAGUAUUCAUUACUUCAUUAAGUGUGUUUGGGUGGGGAGAGCCCCUCUGUUUUCCCCAUCAGACCGGAUGCUGGUAUAUAUGCGGGUGUGUGAAUGUGUGCUCCGGCGGGAUGGAUUUGCUGCAGCUGGCUGUGACCAUCAGACUGUGGGCAGUGGGCUGGUGCUGCUGUUUGUAGGGUGGGGUCAUCCUGGAUCUGAAGCCCCACAUCUAGCGAUCACUUUCUAUCUGCCAACUCGAUGCCUCAACCACAAUGCCUCAAUUUCAUACCCGGUAGCAUGAGGCCAGUCUUGUCGUGACAUCUGGCCGCAAGAUAUGUGUGUGCAGGGCAGUUUGAAAAGAGUAUAAUGGAGAUUAUGUACCGGACACGUUAGCCCUAUGAGCACUUGCAGAGUAACGGCAAGCCCGGAGGGAUCAAGUAGGAUUUUGACGAGCCUCCGAUGGACCCAGAUGUGUCUGUCUAUCCACUGCCUGUCUUUCUGGUGUCUCUAUGUCAGAGGCAGAGUGUUGAGCUUGUGUCGGGGGCCAGAGUGGAACAUUUCCCUCCACCACAGCCAACCCCACGUCGCCCUCCGAGGCCCUGCUGCAAGGGAGUAUGUGGAGGAAGAGUUUUGCUUCUUGUUCCGGUACUUCUGCUUUUACUGCUGGGACUUGGAGCCUGUUUGCUACUGCUCCGCCGGGCUCUUGUUCAGGGAGCCAGUCGCAGUAGGGAACCUGACUUGCUGGAUCUCCUCAGGGGAGAGAAUACGGAGGAGGUGCUCCAUACUGAAGAUGCUCCACGAAUAGAUGCCACUCCUGUCUCAUCUCUCCGGUGGUUCCCAGAGUCUCUGCCGACACUCGCCCCUAGCACAGCCUCCUCUGAACUUACCUCCAGCCCAGCAAGCACCCUUGCCCUCACAUCGCCCGGCAGUGCCCCACCCCCUCUGGUAACCACAACAGUAUCUCCGGGUUCGGGCCAUGCCAGAAGAUGCAACGACACAGAGAAGACAUACUGCGUCAAUGGCGGCGACUGUUACUACAUACAUGGUAUAAAUCAGCUGUCCUGCAAGUGUCCAAAUGACUAUACUGGUGAUCGGUGUCAAACCUCCGUUAUGGCCAGUUUCUACCAGUCUCUGGGGAUUGAAUUUAUGGAGGCAGAGGAGCUUUAUCAGAAGAGAGUCCUGACAAUCACCGGCAUCUGUGUGGCUCUUUUGGUGGUGGGCAUAGUCUGUGUGGUGGCCUACUGCAAAACCAACCUCCCUCCCAGGAAACAGAGGAAGAAGAUGCACAAUCAUCUGAGGCAGAACAUCUACGUGGAUCAUCCAAACCGCAACCUGGCCAAUGGACCCAAUCACCCGGGGCCUGGUCCUGAGGAGAUUCCCAUGGUAGAUUAUAUCUCCAAAAAUGUGCCAGCAACCGAGAGAGUAAUUCGGCACGGAGCAGAGGCACCUUUUCCUGGCAGCCGUCAGUCUUCCAGAUCCCACAACUCCUCCACCCGGGCUCAUUCCUCCACCCACAGACAUGAAGGGAGAACGUGGAGUCUGGAGCGCACAGACAGCGUCCUCUCCGACUGUCCUUCCGGCCUGAUGUCGUCCUCAGUGGGGACCAGUAAAUGCAACAGUCCUGCGUGCAUGGAGGCUCGGGCCAGGCGUGCCGCACACUGUGGCUUUACUGAGCCCCACCGGCCGGCCCUGCAGUACGGCGACUCUUUCGACUCGCUCGGGGACUCUCCGCACAGCGACAGGUAUGUGUCAGCGCUGACCACGCCGGCUCGCCUGUCUCCCGUGGACUUCCAUUACUCACUGCCCCCGCAGGUGCCUACCUUCCAGAUCACGUCUCCCAAUGCCAGCCACGCCAUGUCUCUGCCUCCUGCCGCCCACGCUCCCUACCCACCAGAGGAGGACCAGCCCCUGCUGCGGCGGUACCAGGUGCCCCUGCAUGAGGCACGUGGCCACGAACCCUACCGGCAGCAGCAGCGCGGCAGCUACCUACGAGACAGCACGGGCAGCCUUCCCUCCAGCCCAUACCGGCUGGCUCAGGAGGAUGAGUAUGAAAGCACCCAGGAGUACCUCUCCUCGAUGGAGCAACCAAAGAGAAGCAGUAGGCGCUGGCGCAGGUCCAGGCUCAAUGGCCACGUGGCGCCGCGCGGCUAUCAGCCGUCCAGGGACUUGGGUUCACGCAGCUGCUUGUCUGACAGUGACUCGGAAGAAGAGGAAGGUGAGAGCACGCCCUUCCUCAGUAUGCAGAACAUGAAUGCCGCCGAGCCCUCUGCCCUCUACAGGCCUGUGCCUGACACGCGGACUUCUCACGCCCAGAGCGGGCGGCAUGGGUCUCGCGCCAACACACAGACCAGACUGACGCACUCGCGAUCCAAACCGGACAAUGCACCCCACUAGAGAGACCGCCAAACUAUCCACAAAAAAAAAGAUCUACUAUAGACAUGCACCUAUAAGAAAUAUUUUUAUUUUAUAUAACUGACAGAUAUUAUAAACAAAUGAAAUAUUUAUUUUCAUUUUAGCAAACGUUGUCUACUAGUUAACAGCAAAGACUUUUUUAUAGGGAAAACUCUAUUUAUAUGUACAUUUUGAUUUACAGCAUAAAAAAUAUGUGCCAACUUUUUCACAACUUAAAAAAAAAAUAGAGUAAUAUUGUGGUGCCUUUUGCUGUAUGCUGAUGCCAGAGGGACAGUGGAGUUUUUGUAGCCUUUCUUAUACGGACGCCUCAUUUUUUAUACUCGUUUACUCUUUUGUUGUCUCUUUUUGGCCUUUUUUUUCCUUAUUUCCUUUCCAGGUUGUGUUCUUUUUGGGAGCUGACCCCCAUUUGAACUGUGACAUACCCCCUCCCCCCACCAUCAUGCAAUAUAAACCACUCUAACAUAAGGUGUAUGUUUACAUGAAUUUGAGAUGUUUUAUGAUCAUGUUGCUUUGCCAACAGGAAAUCGAUGACAAAUGCAAUUGGGGUUUUGGAAAAUAAGUCUGUAUGGGUGUGUGUGUGUACGUGGGUGUGUGUGUGUGCCCGCGUGUAUGUGUGUGUGUGUGUAAACGACCAAAUGAGAGGCCUCGGAAUGACUGUGGCUCUGAGAAAUAUGCUGCUGUUGUUUAGAGUUACGCAUGUGGGCACCUGAUGUCGUCUUACAGAUGUACCGCCUUGACUUGCUUUGCAUCCCUACAGGGUAAGGUUUGUCACAUGGGAGCCUUUUCUUUCCAAAGGGGGUUAAAUGUGAGGGGGCCGUACUGGCCUGUCAGAGUUAAUAGCUUUUGACAGAUAACAAAGAAAUAAAGAACAUAUAGUCUCUCCCACUCUC